AUGUCUUUCUUCUUUUAUUUCUUCCUUGUUUCCUUUCUCUUCUUCUCUCCAUGCCUUUCUACUAGAACAAAAACAUUCUUUUCUCCCUCCAAAACUAUUAAUCCCACAAAUCAUGAUCAUAAAUUUCAAACUUAUACAUGGCAUGAAUUUAAAUUUUUUGUGGAUGCUAGCAAAGGCAACAAAAUCAAUGGAAUUUCUGAGCUCAAGAAAUAUUUUCAUCGAUUCGGAUAUAUGAAGAUGGAUUAUAAUAGCUUGAACUUCACAGAUUUAUUUGAUGAUCACUUAGAACAUGCCUUGAUUAAAUAUCAAGAAAAGUUAGGCCUUUUAGUCACGGGAAAACUUGAUGAAAAUACAGUUUCUCAGAUUAUUUCACCUAGAUGUGGCGUAUCCGAUUCUACGCCUAAAUUAUUCAUGCAUGCAAAGAGAAACUAUGCAUUUUUCACAGGCAAGCCAAGAUGGUCUAGAAGUAUACCAAUAACGUUAACGUAUGCAUUCUCUAAAGAGUAUGUAAUAAAUUCAUUGAGUAUGUUGGAGAUAAAGGAUGCUUUUCAACGCGCGUUCAACCAUUGGGCAUCGGUAAUACCGGUUACCUUCAUGGAAAGCAACGAUUACGGAUUUGCAGAUAUUAAAAUAGGGUUUUACAAAGGUGAUCAUGGAGAUGGAGAGUCAUUUGAUGGUGUUCUAGGGGUUUUAGCUCAUGCAUUUUCACCAGAAACCGGUAGAUUCCAUCUAGACGCGGCGGAGACAUGGGCAGUUGACUUUGAAAGAGAGAAAUCAGAUGUAGCUAUUGAUUUGGAAUCAGUAGCUACACAUGAGAUUGGACAUUUGUUAGGGUUAGCACAUACUUCAGUUCAAGAAGCAGUAAUGUUCCCUAGCUUAAAACCAAGAGAAAAGAAAGUUGAUUUGAAAAUGGAUGAUAUUAAGGGAAUACAAGCUCUUUAUGGUUCAAACCCUAAUUUUAGUUAUAAAGCUCUUUCAGAAUCUGAUACUUCAACAAACAAUGGAGCUACUUUGAUGAAGAGACAAUUAACAUGGUCUAAUUUUAUUUUAGUCUUAAUCUUGUUCAUGUCUAUGUAAAGAAAAGAUACAAACUAUAUACAAAAUUCUUUUGGUCAUGGUCAUGUAAGAAAUUGACUUUUGACCCUUUUGCAUUAGAGAAAUCAUAGCAUCUAGAAAGUACCAUAAUUGCUAGGUUAUAUGAAGUUUCAAUUACUAAUUUUGUUCCAGCCA